AUGGACGAGGAUAAUCAUCGUAUCGACGAAAGUGAGAUCGGCGAGAUCAUCGAAAUCGACGAGGAUGCCGAGAUGAAGUACGCAAGUGAUGAUGAAGAUCAGCAGAGUACUUCAAACGCCGACGUGCCCGCUGAAAUCAUCGACGACUCUCUGAUGUCACUUCAAGCACACGAACAAGACUGUUUCACGGUCGCUCUCGCAUCGAAUCGCUGGUUGGCAACUGGUGGAGAAGACGAUGUCGCUUUUCUUUUCGAUCAAAAUGUUUCCGAAUCUGAGCCAGUGCUCAAAGUGGAACAUAAGGAUUCGGUUACUCAAGUGCUGUUCAAUCAUAGCGAAACCCUAUUGGCUACUGGCGAUUUGAGCGGAAAAAUUAUGAUUUCUGAUGUGGCGACGAAGAAAGUGCGAGCUGAGAUAGAUGAGUGCAACGAUCUGGAAUGGAUGAGAUGGCAUCAAACGGCCGACAUUCUAUUCGCAGGUGACAAAGACGGAAUUUUGUGGAUGUGGUUGAUUGGGAACAAAGGAAUCGCUCAGUCAAAGGUAUACGCUGGAAAUGGAGCAUCGUGUACUGUCGGAUGUCUUCUGCCAGACGGAAAACGAAUUAUGUGCGGUUAUUCGGAUGGAAUCGUCCGUCUAUGGCUGCUCCGUGAAGAAACAAGCACCCAUCUGUACUUCCACUCCCCAAUCACCGCCAUCGAUCAUCACGUCACCCAAACCGUCGCAAUCGUUGGAACACAAAGUGGAACUGUCAAUGUAGUCAACACGGCGUCACCGGAUAAUGUACUCAAGAAGAUCUCAUUACUCCCACCACCCGGCGUCAAAUCGACAACCAUCACAACAGCUGGAACGGCGGCGAAAGAAGAGGGUGAAGAAGAGGAUGAGGACGUGGCGAAUUGUGUGGAGAGUCUUGCGAUGGCACCGUCUCAUCCAUGGUUUGCGGUGGGCAGGAAUGAUGGAUCCAUGUGCAUUUAUGAGAUGGACUCGAAUGCGCCCAGAAGUAUUUAUCAGUCGAAUCAGAUGAUGGCAAUUGUCAAAGUGAUUUGGUCGAUGGAGGGUAAUGCACCAUACGUCACAACUGGCUCAAUUGAUGGAACUGUUCGAGUUUUUGAUGCGAGAGAUAGUUCGUUGGUUAAGGAGCUCCAUAACGGUGGUGACGAAGUGCUCGACGUUCUCGUCAUCCAAUCGAAUCCCCAUCGAAUUAUGACGGCUGGAAGUGGAGGAGUCGUUCGAGUUUUCGAUUUGAACUGA